AUGGGGGCUGGAGGGGAGGGACAGGAGCUGUGCCUCCCCACCCUGACAGAGCCCCCGUGUCAUUCCUGCCCUCAGGGCACCUGCCAGUGGGUCACCCUGGAUUUCCCCUGCACUGUCAAGGUCUCACAGCUCCACAUCCAGUUCCAGGGGGGGUUCUCCAGCCGGCUGUGCACACUGGAAGGCUGCAGAGCAGGGGAAGAACUGGUGAAAAUCUCCGAGCUGUACCCCGAGGACACCCAUGCCCUGCAGAUAUCCUUUGCCACAUUUCAGGUGGAGGAGACAGUGCUGGAUAAGCUGAAGAUCACCUUUGAGAACAGCACUGACUUCUUUGGGAGGAUCGUGGUCUAUCACCUCGGGGUGCUGGGGGAGAGGCUCUAA